GUGGGUCUCAGUGGGUGAUGUUUGGUGAAGAUGUCACGCGUGUUUGCUCGAGCAUCCUCACACUGCGAGACAAGCAGCACGCUGAUAAACACACUCGACUUUAAUGCUCUGCGACUUAAACUGAACGCAAUCUGCAGCGAAUCCGAAAGAGAUUUUUUUAAACAAGUCGGAUAAGCGAUUUUUUGAGUUAUUGUUUAAGUUAUGUUAUUUUCCUGGACCAUCGCAACAGCUUCAAAAUGAACCCUCAUUGCGCACGCUGUGGGAAAAUUGUCUACGCAACAGAGAAGGUGAACUGUCUGGACAAGUACUGGCACAAAGGAUGCUUCCAUUGUGAGGUGUGUAAAAUGACUCUCAACAUGAAUAACUACAAGGGAUACGAGAAGAAGCCCUACUGCAACGCGCACUACCCAAAACAGACCUUUACAAUAGUGACAGACACCCCCGAGAAUCUUCGGCUGAAACAGCAAAGUGAGCUCCAAAGUCAGGUCAAGUACAAGCAGGAUUUUGAACAAAGCAAGGGUCGAGGCCACAAAUUUGUCAUUGACACACCAGAGCUACAGAGACUGAGGAAGGCCCAGGAUCAGAUUAGCAACGCGAAGUAUCAUAAAGACUUUGAGAUGUCUGGUUUGCAUGGGGUACCUCAGGUAACGCAAGGGCCAUACCUGGUGCACGCUCAGACGAGAACUAACCAUGAGACAGCAGGGAACGGCACACACAAGGGCGUUCAUCAGUAUAUCAUGGAGAUGGAUCGAAGACCUGGAGUCAUUGUGGCACCUGUACUUCCUGGUGCGUACUAUCCCAGCAAUCAAACCCAUGGGCACAGCUACAUGCAUCAAACCAGCAUGCAUUCACUGAGGUCACAACAUAUGAGCAUGACUGUAUACAGGGCCAUGUAUGACUACACAGCACAGGAUUACGAUGAGGUGUCUUUCCGUGAUGGUGACAUCAUUCACAACGUGCAGUCAAUCGAUGAGGGCUGGAUGUACGGAACGGUACAGCGGACAGGGCGAUCGGGAAUGCUGCCAGCCAACUAUGUGGAGGGCAUUCGCUAGGUGUCAAUAUACCUCGUACCCGCUGAGCCACGAAUAAAACGCUGGCAGCUUCAUUGUUUUUAGGUACAAAAAGGCUUGUAAAUGGUCACAGGUAUAUAUCUAUAUUUUAAUAGUGCUUGUCAUUACAUUUUGUACGUGUUUAUAUGUCGCUCAUUUUGUAACACUUGCAGUUACAGCAACGUAUAGUUGAAUGUAUGUAAUUCAAUGAAUAGUUUUGUACCAGUUUGGUAUUUACUAUGAAAUGGCUGUUAAAGGGAUAGUUCAACCAAAAAUGAAAAUUCUGUCAUUUAUUCAUCCUCUUGUUUUUUUAAACCUGUAUAACUCUUUUCUGCAUAACACAAUAGAAGAUGUGGGACCAAUAUUUUUCUGUUACCAACAUUCUUUAAAAUAUCUCCUUUUUUGUUUUGCAGAAGAAAGAAAAUCAUACAGUUUUGAAAUGACAAGAGGGUGGGUAAAUUAUAGAUUUUUCAUUUUUGGGUGACCUAUCCCUUUAAAUACAGAAUGUAAAAGAUGUGUGGAGUAUUGAAAAGGGAAUUCUUACUUCAAGUAUGAAUUUUUUACUUGCAUGUUUUUGUUGCCAUGAAAAACAUGAAUAAUGUUACUGUUCUGCACAAUGUGUAUUAAAUAUACCACUAUAACAAUGUUGAGAAAACAUUAAAUAUCUUGUUUGCUCCCUCCA